AUGUAUCCAGGCAGGGAUCCUCAUGAAUUGAUCAGCGCCAUCUUCCCCACCACGACGCAGCAGGAUCAGCAUCCACAAUUGCAAAACUUCAUGCAAUUUCAGUCGCCCGGCGUUUCCCACCCGCCGCAAGGCGCCGCAUACAUGCAGCCACCACCUGUUGCUUCGCAUACAGCCUCGCAUCCGACACUGUUCAGAGGAUCGUCAGACAAUUCUCUAUCGAGUGCUCUGACUUUCUCUACAGCAUCAGCAUCGCCCUCGGUUCGUUCGGCCCCUCCAAGCGCGGCGCACAGUCAGACCCAGGGCAAUGCGACAAACGUCCAAGGAUCAAUCGGUCCUGCCAAUUCCGCUGCAUCCAACUCACCAACUCCCGUCGAUGCUGGGCUUAAGAAGAAGUCAAGCAAAUUGCGACAGUCCAAGCUCGGAUUCUUGCCUGGAGUCGCCCAAUCGACCAUCAAACAGCAAGCACCGCCGGCUCCGACAUCGUCCACCGACACGGUCGAGACACCAGGCGGCAGCCCUUCUCUCCCCGUCGUCGUCGACUUGGCGUCUGAGCCUGGCACUCCCCCUCUUCCGCCGGCCAAAGCACUGGCGGUGAAGCCUUCGGUACGAGCGAGCAAUGCCAACGGCAGUGUUGGCGCUAGUGGCACCGUGACGGCAGCGGGCAGUGCCGUGAAUGCAAACGCCAAGAUGCCAUCGCUCUCGGACAAGGCCAGGCAGCCGCUGUCUCGCCUCUCGGUGGAGCGUACGCCUCAGAAAGCGGCGCAUGCAUUCGUCCAGAUUCUGAGCGACUUGGACCCCAGCGGCAAAUUUAUGAGGGCGAGACCCACAGGCGCGGAGGACCGCAGGGCCAUCAUUGACACGUUGCACAGCAUCGUCCAGCUCGAGACCGGCAAAGGCUACACUGACUCGGGCCGCAAGAGGUUCUUUGCUUCGUUGAUGGCGCUUCCCGCAGCUCGACAGAUCCUGUCAACCUGGCUCCGAUCGACGGUGCCUCCAAAGAAGGUGACGGAGGCUGUUCCCGAUCACAGCCGGCGAUACAGAGAUACAUUGAUCCCUCUGCUCUCGAUUCUGGAAUACGUCGACAUGAAGCUGGCUUACCUCAAGGACCAAGAGGCAGGCAUCGGCAAGGCCAUGACGGGCGUCUCAGCACGCGCGGUGGAUCCGUCUGCGCGCAAAAUGGCUGCCAGCAUCAGGGCGAAAUGGACCAAGAUGAUCACCGAUGAGGACGCCGAGGAGUCCGCACCGUCGGCGGCGGCUUCCAGCUCGUCGUCAACGCCAAGCGUCAAGCGCAAGCCCGCUGAUGGCGCUGCAGCAGUCGAUACCAGUUCCAAGCGGUACAAGACGGAAACGACUGCGGCGGCAGGAUCCGCAAGCAUCCGGAAGCCCCAGGCUGCUUCAGCGUCAUCGAGCAGCACGAACGCAAAGCCGGGUCUGUCAUUCUUCAACACUGGCAACGCCAAAAAGCCCGCCACUGCAAGCGGCUCCUCGACUGCAAGCGCGGCGAGCGGUAGUCGUCAGAACGCUCAUCAGGACAUCAUGAGCUUGGUGGGCAGGCUAUCUGGCGCCUCCUCGGCCGACCGAGCGGCAGCGACGAAAGCCGACGCUGCCCUAACCGCGCAAAGUAAUAUCAAGGUCAAGAAGCGCGUGAGAUGGAGGGAAGACAGCGAGCUGGUGGCUGUCAAGGUCGUCGAACGUGUCUGUUACGGGCAGGAUGACGACGACGAGCCACACGUGGAGGGCGCAGGCGAUACGCACGGCGAGGGAUUGGCACUGGGUCAGUCCGUCACCACGAUGGAAGCGUUGAUGGAGUGGCGCGAGCCACGCGAAGUGCUGCUUCCAAUGUCCGACUCGGGUGACGUCGGAAGCGAGUCGAUGGAAGGACCGUUCCAGACGCAACGUAAAGCCAAUCUCGAAGAGAAGAUCUCAGAAGCUGGAGGGCAGCGUGAGGGUCCCGACGAAUCGGAGCUGGAGCAGCCAGGAACGAUCUCCGAGAUGCCUGCUGAUCUGAUGCGAUCCGAGGCUGUGGAGAUUCCCACGCCGUGGAUGGAGGAGCCUGUCUUGGGCGCCGAUGAAAUGGAUGUCAAGGAAGGCAUGGAUAAAGCAGAUACCGCUGCAGACGCCCAAGCAUCCUCGGAGACGAGCCCAGCUAUCCCUUCGUCAGCCAAUCUCAGCGAGCUGCUAGCCAAGGUGGGACAGUCUGUGGGCGGUGUCGCUGCCGGCAGCUCGAAUACAGGAUCGCAAGGUGCCCCAGCUGCAGCACUCAACUUUGACGUGAACCAGCUCCAGUCGAUCCUUACGGCUGCUCAGGGCAGCGGAGCCAACUCGAACGCGGUCAACAGUGCAAUGGUAUCGUCCAACGUGACCAGCGACGGACUGUCGAGCCUGCUGUCGAGUCUGUCGAGGUCGAACGGAUCGCAGAUUGCUCCAAGCGCUCUCGACACAAGCGAACGACCGAGCUAUUGGCAGCAGACGUACCGAGCCAACGACGCAGGCUCAGAACAGCGCCAAGAGAGCUACCCGGGAGAAUUCCAUCAAGACUAUCGCCACAAUAGCGCCAACACGUACCAGCCGCCAGGCCAAUCGUACGGGCUAUCGUCAACGGCGCCGAGAACUUACCGCUACGGCAACGACAGCAGUUGGGACUCAGGACCGAGCCAACGAGGAUCCAGGCGGUACACGGUUCAGUGCAAAUUCUUCGCUCAGGGCAACUGUCGAUCAGGAGACUCGUGCAACUUUCGUCAUUGA